CAUGGCAUUCUAAUAAGACUAUGACUACUUGUUUAAGAUCCUUCUGAUAGGUAAUUCAGCUGUUGGCAAGGUAAGAUUAUAUAUGUAAUUCAUUAGAGCUCAUUAUUGUUACGAUUUUCCGAUUAGAUUUUUAGUGAGUCUUUCCUUCCUACAAUUGGUGUAGAUUUUAAAAUUCGUACAUUUGAUAUGUAAGGAAAAUCUGUAAAGAUGUAAAUUUGGGAUACAGCUGGUCAAGAAAGAUUCAAAACUAUUACAGCAUCUUAUUAUAAGGGAGCACAUGGAAUCAUUCUGACUUAUGAUAUCACAGACAAAUAAAGUUUUAAGGACAUUGAGAAUUGGUUGGCAGGUAAGCUAUAUAUUUAAAAAUAAAAGAGGUUGAAAAACAUGCUUCUGAGAAUGUGGUUAGAUUAUUGGUUGGAAAUAAGGCUGAUUUAGAAAGCAAGAGAUAGGUUACCUAUGAAGAAGGUAAAGAGUUGGCUGAUAGUUUGGGCAUAAAGUUUAUAGAGGCUUCAGCCAAAGCAAACACUAAUGUUGACUAAGCCUUUAUGACAUUGGCUAAUAAUAUCAAGGCUAAGAUUGGCAAGUCAGAGGAUAAACCAACUCCAGGAGGAAAGACCCCAACUGGUGGUUUGAAGAAUCCAUAACCUACAAAAAAGGAAGGAACCUGCUGUUGAAA